UUUUGGGUAAAAUUUCGCCUAGAAACUAAAAGCAAAGCGAAGGACUUUCUGACCGCUAUAAUUUAAGAUUUCCAUUAUAGCGAGAAGAAGAAAGUCGCGAUUUUUAAAUGGGAACAAGUAGGAUCCAGUCCCCGUCUCCCAAUUCUCAGCGUCCAUCGACUCCUAAACUGAAGCUGGAUCUGGUUGGAGCUGUGGGUCUCGGGGAGCUUCGGGGCCCAGGCAGCAGAAGGAAGCAGCAGGCGCUGGGGCCAGAAACGACAGUAGACGCCGGCCCACCGCAGUUUCCGGGUUUAGUGUGUGGUCAGCCGCCCUGGUCACGUGAACGCGCCUCCACGUGACUGCGCUCGUGGGCGACGCCUAAGGGGAAGCAAGAUGGCGGCGCACCUGUCCUACGGCCGAGUGAACCUGAACGUGCUGCGCGAGGCGGUGCGUCGCGAGCUGCGAGAGUUCCUGGACAAGUGCGCGGGAAGCAAGGCAAUAGUUUGGGACGAGUACCUCACGGGACCAUUUGGCCUGAUUGCACAGUAUUCACUACUGAAGGAACAUGAAGUGGAAAAAAUGUUCACACUUAAAGGAAGUCGUUUGCCAGCAGCUGAUGUCAAGAACAUUAUUUUUUUUGUCAGACCCAGGCUAGAAUUGAUGGAUAUAAUUGCUGAAAAUGUGCUCAGCGAAGACAAACGUGGCCCAGCAAGAGAUUUCCACAUUUUGUUUGUGCCACGGCGAAGUUUAUUGUGUGAACAGAGGUUGAAGGAUCUGGGCGUCUUGGGUUCCUUUAUUCAUAGAGAGGAGUACAGCCUAGACCUCAUUCCAUUUGAUGGGGAUCUCUUAUCCAUGGAAUCGGAGGGUGCAUUCAAAGAGUGCUACUUGGAGAGCGACCAGACAAGCCUCUACCAUGCGGCCAAGGGGCUGAUGACCCUGCAGGCUCUGUACGGGACAAUCCCCCAGAUCUUUGGGAAAGGCGAGUGUGCCAGGCAAGUGGCCAAUAUGAUGAUCAGGAUGAAGAGAGAGUUUACAGGAAGCCAAAAUUCAAUAUUUCCUGUUUUUGAUAAUCUCUUGUUGCUUGAUCGAAACGUGGAUUUACUGACGCCUCUUGCCACUCAGCUUACGUAUGAAGGACUCAUUGAUGAAAUUUAUGGCAUUCAGAAUAGUUAUGUGAAGUUACCUCCGGAGAAAUUUGCACCUAAGAAACAGGGCGAUGGAGGGAAGGACCUUCCCACGGAAGCAAAGAAGCUUCAGCUGAAUUCUGCAGAGGAACUGUAUGCUGAGAUCCGAGACAAAAACUUCAACGCGGUGGGCUCCGUGCUUAGCAAAAAAGCAAAGGUGAUCUCCGCAGCGUUUGAGGAAAGGCACAACGCAAAGACGGUCGGGGAGAUCAAGCAGUUUGUGUCCCAGCUGCCCCACAUGCAGGCAGCGAGAGGCUCGCUUGCAAACCACACGUCGAUUGCAGAGUUAAUCAAAGACGUUACCACCUCUGAAGACUUCUUUGAUAAACUAACAGUGGAGCAGGAGUUUAUGUCUGGAAUAGACACUGAUAAGGUCAACAGUUACAUUGAAGAUUGUAUUGCCCAAAAGCACCCGCUGAUCAAGGUGUUAAGACUAGUUUGCCUCCAGUCUGUAUGCAACAGUGGUUUGAAACAGAAAGUUUUGGAUUAUUACAAAAGAGAAAUUCUCCAGACUUACGGCUAUGAGCACAUACUGACCUUACAUAACCUAGAGAAGGCUGGCCUGCUGAAACCACAGUCGGGGGGCAGAAACAAUUACCCAACGAUCCGGAAAACGUUACGCCUCUGGAUGGAUGAUGUAAACGAACAGAACCCCACAGACAUAUCCUACGUGUACAGUGGCUAUGCCCCUCUCAGCGUGCGGCUGGCCCAGCUGCUGUCCCGGCCGGGCUGGCGAAGUAUCGAGGAAGUUCUCCGCAUACUCCCAGGGCCCCACUUUGAAGAACGGCAGCCGCUGCCCACGGGACUGCAAAAGAAACGUCAGCCGGGAGAAAACCGAGUCACUCUGAUAUUCUUCCUCGGGGGUGUAACCUUUGCUGAAAUUGCCGCCCUGCGAUUUCUCUCCCAGUUGGAAGAUGGAGGUACAGAAUAUGUCAUUGCCACCACGAAGCUAAUGAAUGGGGCCAGCUGGAUCGAGUCUCUAAUGGAAAAACCUUUCUAGGGUGAUCAGAGUCGACUUGAGUGAACCGCAAAAUAAGCUCCUUGAGAAAGGCCGCCAUAAGGGAGGGAAACCUCAGUGAGGAAGAACAGAGGGAUACAGAAUUUACUUCGGGGGUCAGCUUUUAAAUUACACGGUUUUCUCCUUUCUGCUUCUCAUUUCUGGAAGAGAGAAGACCAGAAGAGAAUCGACCUGGGUAAAAGUAACACCAGCUGUUAACAUCCGAAGCUCAGGACCGUCCUCAGAGACCUCUGAAAACGUGGAGGACAGUGGGGUGGGUAAUCCGCAGCUGCACACGGGGGCCACUUCUUGAAAUAAGAAGGCAGGGACUGAGGAAGUAAAAAUGAAAACUAGAAGGUGUCA